AUGGAUUCCUCAAAUACGUAUAACUGUACUAUUAGUGGCGAAUGCGAUGUUGGUUAUGUUGGCAGCAACUGUGAAGCAGUAGACUUAGAUUGCCAUAAUAACGGCGUUCCAAGUGAUGGUGUUAGUGGGGAUAAAAAUACCCGUGUUUGCACAAAUGGACUUGAACCAUUCUGUGAUGAUAUGACAACUGUAGAUUCCGGUCAUCAAGACCCAACUAUCACGUUUACAUAUGGAAACAUUGUAGAUAAGUCUGAGUCUAUUAAUGUUGGCCAAGAUACUGUCUAUUACUCCUCUAGUUACGCAAAUUAUUCUGUUAAGGGAAAAAUUACAAUCCCUCAGAAUGGAGACUACAGAUUUAGAAUAUCUAGCCAAAAUGAUGUAAAGUUUACUAUAUCCGGAACUUCGAUAUCAAUUGGUAGCAUUGAUUACGAUAAUCAGUUCCAAUGCCAAGAAGAUAGAAUGAGAACAUAUGAAACAACAAACACAGUUACCCUUACUAAGGGUGACUAUAACUUUGAAAUCAAAGGUUUAAGUGGUUGUGCGAUCGAAGAUCAAUACUUCUCACUGGAAUGGAUUUUCUACAGAUAUUACAUAUCUUCAGGCAAGACUGCUGUUUAUACAACAGUUCCAAGAAGAUAUUUAAAGGCUGCCUAA